GUGACUUGGACCGCUUCGACUGCCAGACCUCGAUUCCACAUCAGAAGUCAGCUCCUUCGUCUUUCAUUAUGAACAAGAAGGGGACGAAGCGCGGAAAGCCAAAUGCGCUCUGCAAAGCCUGGGGCCAGGAGGUGGCUGACGCCGCAUCAGUAGCCAUGAUUGCAUCCCGAAAUGCAGAGGUGGCAGCUGGGCAGGCCAAGCAGUACAAGUACUUUGCUAAGUCUGCCAGAGAUGCCUCCCAGAACGCGCUGCUGGAGCUUGAGAAGCAUUUUGCCAAGGACAGAGCAGACGCAAGCAAGACUCGUAUAUUCUUCUCCGACUGUUCCCCUGCCGUUGCAGUGGCCAGCGUUGCAGCAGCAGAUCGAACUCGACACUCCCGUGCGUCUGGAUUUCUGUAA